AGCACGUCAAUGCUUCCAUAAGACAGCGAUAUACAUUUCCGGUAGCGGUGUUCCAUAUUUUGCGCCAAUCUCCAGAGAGAGUUUGGAGCGGAAGAAGCAAUUUCAGCGCAGCGAGUAGAACACUGAGAUCGACAUGAAAGCUCUGUUACAUCCUGAACCUUCUUUCCUUCCGGCGCGCUGCAGAAAUCAUAGAGAUCUUCGCCUUUGGCAGGUUCAAGCACCUUUUUUAUUUCCUGUAAAAGAUCGAGGACGUUGGAUUAGAGGGAAGCGGAUAUGUGUGACCGCAAAAGCUGAGCUCGAUUGGGCUACGAUUGAUCAAUUAGGACUAUCGGAAUCAGAUGUUCGGAGUCCGGCAAUUUCCUCUUCGUAUCGUUCCUUGAAUUUAUCGAGGCCGAACCAGACGGUGCUGGAAGCUCAGGCUAGGGUUUGCACGGGACCUACUCAGACCAGGCCGCUCAGUGAAGAGCAAGCGUUUAAAGUGUUGGACACAAUUUUAAGAUCAGCGAAGGGAGAGCUUAAAGAUGAAGAGGAAGUGUCACGAUCACAGCUCGGGGCAUUCUUUUCUGCAAUGACAAUACGUGCAAAUGUCUUUCCUGAGGCAACUCAGUGGAGUGAAGGGGAAAGGAAGGCAAUGACGACAUUUUGGCCACUGCUAGUUCGAGUUCUACCUCCUGAUGUAAUCUUCAUUGCUGAUCCUGAGGGUUCUAUUAUGGGAGGGAGUUCGAUUGGGCCUCAAUUUGUUGGSACGGGUGCCUGCGAAAUGAGGUUGGUUGGUGCCCUUAGGGAAAUUUUAGCUGGAGGGCAUCUUGGGUAUGAGGAGAUCCAAGGGGUAAUGAGAGAUGUGCUUCCUCUUAAAACAGAUAGCCGGAAAUCGUCAGGAGCGAGUGAUUCACUGCUUUCAGCCUUCUUAAUUGGUCAACGUAUGAACAGGGAAACUGAUCGAGAGCUUAAAGCACAUUGCCUUGCAUUUGAUGAUGAAUUAGGUUCUACUCCAGUUGCUGAUGUUAGAUCAUUGACUCAUUAUGGAGAACCUUAUGAUGGAAAUACACGUUAUUUCAGGAGCACAUUGUUUGUUGCUGCAGUUAGAUCCUGCUAUGAAGAAUCUUGCUUACUCCACGGUGUGGAUUGGAUGUCUCCAAAGGGUGGUGUUACUGAAGAGCAGAUGCUGAAAUUUAUGGGCGCAAACACAAACUUAUCCCCCUUGCAUGCUAAAGAACUUCUUGAGGAUGAGAAGGUUGGUUUUGCCUAUGUAAGUCAGCGUGAAGCUCGCCCAUCUUUAUAUUCAUUAGUUGGGCUGAGGGAGCACAUAAAGAAACGGCCGCCAUUGGCAACAACUGAAAAGGUUCAGCAAUUUGUCAAGGCUCAAGGGAAGGAGGCUAUUGUGACUGGAUUCUAUCAUCACGGUUAUGAGGAGCCACUUCUAAUGCUAAUGAGGAGAAGGGGUGUUCAUUCCGGCUUAGUGGUGAAGGGUGAGGAAGGAGGCCUUUCAAUGACGACCAGGUUGCGCUCAGCUGAUGCUUCCAAAGGAAUUCCUGUGAACUACUGUUCUGGUUUUCGAUCACUAAGCAUGAAAUCAGCCUUUGAAGUUGAUGGAGUAUCACGUCACAGUUUUAACCUAGAGGUCAAUGCUGCAGACUAUGGAUUUCGACCCACUGAUACUCCAAGAACUGACAGAUCGGUCUCGAAGAACAUAGAGUUGGGGUUAUCUGCUCUUAAUGGUGAAAAAGGAGCAGCAUACGAUAGAAUUGUUUUGAAUGCUGGAAUGGUGGAUCACUUGUUGGGAUGCAGUGGUGCUGAAGAUGUAUCCACAGCCAUGGAUAGGGCCAGAGAAGCUAUCGACAGUGGCAAAGCUCUUAAACGCCUCUUAAACUACAUAAGGAUUUCUAACAAGUUUUGAGUGCAGACUCUCCACUGCAGUUCAUUUUUCCCUUUUUACUUCAACAGAUUCCUUCUUUUUCUUUUCUUACAUCUUUCGUAGGCAUUUGCUUUGAUUGGCUUUUCACAUUUUGUUUUUUGUUUGUUUGAUGUGGUGAGUUGUUCGGCAUAAUUUAGAAUUCAAAUGCCCCCCGAGUUCUGUUCAAUAAUCUUUGUUAUUUUACUGGGCCAAUUCUAGACAA